AACCAACAACCAGAGAAAUUCUCUUCAAGAAAAGAAAUCGAUAUGCAUACCGCAAAGUCCAUCAUCUCAGGCCUGAAGAGGCGCUCCACCAUCAUGGGAAGUCGACGCAGAGAGAAAGAGAGAGAUCUCUACUCCUGGCCUCAUAACGUCCUCACCGUUAGCGACGUCCCUCCUCCGUACAAGGAGGCCAGAGAGAGCCUACUCCUUCGAAACCGAAAAACCCCGGUCUCGUAUAACGAAGAUCAAAAAAUUCGACAUGGGUCUCCCGUGAGACGUGGCGCCGCGCUCGAGUCGCAACCUAUCAACCUCCCAAUCAACCUAUACACCAUCCUCGAGGAGAGAGACAGCUCCAUGGCCGAGAUCCACCCGGCCUUGAGAUGCCCCUGCCGAGGCCAUGAAGCAGACAGCCUCGAAACCGCUCUGGCAUCCAAAUCCAUCGCCUCACUACCGACCAAGGAAGCCGGCCUCCAGCAGCUCGAAUGCGCGAUUGACCCGCUUGAGAAGAUGAGCACCUGCACGAGCUGCCUGAAAAAGCGCCACAAUUGCGACACCCUGUUCUUCCUCUGCAAAGGAAUCCUGCACAGGUGCAAAGAGUAUCACGAAUUCCUCAUCGCCAUGCUCGACAUCAAGGAUCACCAACCCAUAUUGAACGUCCUGUACCCGCUGGCAACGGAUCAGGAGCGCGCCUCGCUCCUGUGCCGGAUGGCCUAUGUCCAGUUUAAACGACUCCACGCCGUUCUCAGCGCCAUCACCAAGAACUUGAAAGACCAGGCUGCGUUCGACACCGACGCUUGGUGGUCGAUGCGGAAUUACGCCUACAAAUUGUCUGUCGACACGGCCGCCCUCAGCUCGCGCACCGUCUGCGUCGAUUUGUACGAAUAAACGUCAUGUAUUUGUAUUUCUGCCUAUUUUUUU